AUGUACAACGGCAUCGGGUCGGUGAGUGUGAAGGGCACGGGCCUCAGCGGCUACGUGCAGCGCAGCAGAGCGGCCGUCUCGCAGCUGUCGAAGUUCACGCCGGCGGCGUACGGCGACGAGGCUCCGCCGGCUCCCGUCAACCCGCUCGAGGCGCUGCGUUCGGCGAAGGAAAAUAAGGAGCUGGCGGCGAGGCUGCAGCGGCAUCAGGCACUGCAUGCCGUGAAGCUGAAGGUGCUGCUGUACCGCGAGGAACGCACAGCCAGUGGUGUGCCGGACGACGUUGUCGAGCGGGAGUGCCUCGCCCUGCACGAGUCAUUGCUCCGCCAUUACCGCGACGAGGCGGGCGAAGCGCGACGGCUGGAGGAGGCGGAGGCGGUCCAGAAGACGGCGGAGCGGUUCGCAGCGGCCUUUCACGUGCGGAAAGGCACCGCCGUCGGCGACGCGUUCGACCGGGCGCAGCGCGAGGCGGAGCGGCAGGCAUUGGAGGAAAAACGGCGGCGGCAGUUGGAGAAGCAGAUUGCGGACCGCGUGAAGCGCGUCCGAGGAGAGUGA